AUGUUUAUAAUAUUCUUCUCCCUCCUAUUUCUUGACUAUGUUCGUGGGGAAGUAGUAUGGGCCGUUAAUUGUGGUGGCCCUAAACACAUCGAUUCACAUGGAGUCGAAUAUAAAGCUGAUUUCUUAGACAUGGGUACUGCAUCGGACUACGGCCGCUCGUUCGCAAUAAACCGUGUCCCCUCAGCAGAUCAUAUAAUCUAUCAAACUGAACGGUAUCACAACGAAGACUUUUCUUAUCCUAUUCCGAUAACAUCUGAUGGAGAAUACAUUCUUACGUUAAAAUUUUCUGAGGUUUGGUUUACUGAGCGUUAUCAAAAAGUAUUCGAUGUUCAUAUUCAAAAUUCACUCCCACUUGUUCAAAACUUGGAUAUUUUUGGUCAAGUUGGCUUUGCUACUGCGUUCGAUUUAAAUGUGCCACUUAAAAUAAAAGAUGGAGUAAUAUAUAUUGGUGAACAUACAGUCAAUAUCGAUGACGAUCAUUUUACUGUGGACUUUAUUAAAACUCAAUUUGAUAAUCCGAAAAUCAAUGCUAUUGUUGUUACUAAAGGCUCAAUAGAAGAUGUCCCUCAAUUACCACCGUUAGAAGAAGUAGAAACAUUUGAUCAACAGGUGUUACAUCCCCAUAAGUUAUCUGAUUCUGAUGAUGAAGAAGAAGAAGACCUGGAAUCUGUGCAACAGAGACCAUCUAGAACACCAAGAGCAAAAGAUCCUUAUGCUUCUGUGGACUAUUCCUAUUUAAUCUUACCUUUUAUAGUAUCGGUUGGAGCAUUUCUACCAAUUCUCUUUUGUUUAUGUAAACUUUAA